GACUUCUUGUACACUCGAUUUAUAAAGCGCUCGUUGAUCGCUGCCGGCUCGUUGGCGUCCCUCGGUCAAUAAAUACGUGCCUCGUUAUCGGGUGCUUGUCGGAGUUCAUCAUCAGUAUCAGAAUCGCAUUUACACAAUUCAAUCAUGAGCGGCAACACAAAGCGAACCAUUUACGUAGGUGGUCUGGCCGAGGAGGUGGACGAGAAGGUGCUGCAUGCAGCGUUUAUACCUUUCGGAGAGAUUGUUGAUGUCCAAAUACCACUGGACUAUGAGUCUGAAAAGCACAGGGGAUUCGCAUUCAUUGAAUUCGAAAUGGCAGAGGAUGCAGCUGCGGCUAUAGAUAAUAUGAAUGACUCGGAAUUAUUUGGCCGUACAAUAAGGGUAAAUAUUGCUAAGCCGCAAAAGAUAAAGGAAGGUUCAUCGAAGCCAGUAUGGGCGGAUGAUGCUUGGUUACAAGAACACGCAGGGGAGACGUUGAAAAAUGACGAUAAUGCAAAGACGAAUGAUGUUACGCAACCAAAGAAAGCGAAGCAGAAUCCUCAGGUUUAUUUCGACAUAAGCAUAGGGAAGCAAGAAGUAGGCAGAAUUAUCAUGAUGUUGCGAGCAGACAUUGUGCCAAAGACUGCGGAGAACUUUCGAGCUUUAUGCACCCACGAGAAGGGAUAUGGGUAUCAGGGUAGCACCUUCCACAGAAUUAUUCCAGAUUUUAUGUGUCAAGGGGGCGAUUUUACGAAUCAUAAUGGUACAGGUGGUAAAUCGAUCUACGGCAACAAAUUCGAUGACGAAAAUUUCGAACUCAAGCACACAGGUCCAGGGACCCUGUCAAUGGCAAAUUCCGGCCCAAACACUAAUGGAUCACAAUUUUUUUUGUGCACAGCCAGAACGGAUUGGCUGGAUGGAAAGCAUGUCGUCUUUGGGCAUGUUCUUAGUGGAUUGGAUGUGAUGAAAAAGGUUGAAAAAUGUGGAACGAAAGCAGGCACACCGACGCAGAAAGUCGUCAUAACUGCUUGUGGAGAAUUAGUAUAGCUAUUUUUAUG